GGGAAAGUUUAUGGGACGUAGGAGGCGGCGGCGGCGGCGGCGGCGGCGGCGGCUGCCGUAGCGGCUGUUAGGCGGCCCGCAGCGGACCAUGGCCCUGCGUGGGCGUCCCUGGCCUCUCUUCUCUGAGUUCUCGGGCAGCGUCGCGGAGUGGGCAGACUUCCGGGAAGGAGCGGACAAGAGAUUGAGCGGUGGCCGGCGCGCUUAGCGCCCCGAACAUGCGGCAGUCCCUGUGGGCGACCCCGGGCUGCGGAGAGGCGGCGGCGGCGGCGGCGGCGGCUCGGGAGGGAAGGAGGCGGCGGCGCCGGCGGAGGUGGCGGCGGGGACGCCCGGCGCCCGGCGCGGAGCCCUAGGGCGGCUGCUUGGUGUGGCCUGGGGCCUCGUGGACAAGGAUGCUGUCCCGAAAAAAAACCAAAAACGAAGUCUCCAAGCCGGCCGAGGUGCAGGGGAAGUACGUGAAGAAGGAGACGUCGCCUCUGCUGCGGAAUCUUAUGCCUUCAUUUAUCCGGCAUGGUCCAACAAUUCCAAGACGAACUGAUAUCUGUCUUCCAGAUUCAAGCUCUAAUGCCUUUGCAGCUUCUGGAGAUGGAAUAGUUUCAAGAAACCAUAGUUUCCUUAGAACUCCAAUUCAAAGAACACCUCAUGAAAUAAUGAGAAGAGAAAGCAACAGAUUAUCUGCACCUUCUUACCUUGCCAGGAGUCUAGCAGAUGUCCCUAGGGAAUAUGGCUCUUCUCAGUCAUUUUUAACAGAAGUUAAUUUUGCUGUUGAAAAUGGAGACUCUGGUUCCCGAUAUUAUUAUUCAGAUAAUUAUUUUGAUGGUCAGAGGAGGCGCCCACUUGGAGAUCGAGCACACGAAGACUAUAGAUAUUAUGAAUACAACCAUGAUCUCUUCCAAAGAAUGCCACAGAAUCAGGGGAGGCAUGCUUCAGGUAUUGGGAGAGUUGCUGCUACAUCUUUAGGAAAUUUAACUAACCAUGGUUCUGAAGAUUUACCCCUUCCUCCUGGCUGGUCUGUGGACUGGACAAUGAGAGGGAGGAAAUAUUACAUAGAUCACAACACAAAUACAACUCAUUGGAGCCAUCCUCUUGAGCGAGAAGGACUUCCUCCAGGAUGGGAGCGAGUUGAGUCAUCAGAAUUUGGAACCUAUUAUGUAGAUCACACAAAUAAAAAGGCUCAAUAUAGGCAUCCCUGUGCUCCCAGUGUACCUCGGUAUGAUCAACCUCCUCCUGUCACAUACCAGCCACAGCAAACUGAAAGAAAUCAGUCCCUUCUGGUACCUGCAAAUCCUUAUCAUACGGCAGAAAUUCCUGACUGGCUUCAGGUUUAUGCUCGAGCCCCUGUGAAAUAUGACCACAUUCUGAAGUGGGAACUCUUCCAGCUGGCUGACCUGGAUACAUACCAGGGAAUGCUAAAGUUGCUUUUCAUGAAAGAACUGGAACAGAUUGUUAAAAUGUAUGAAGCCUACAGACAGGCUCUUCUCACGGAGUUGGAAAAUCGCAAGCAGAGACAGCAGUGGUAUGCCCAGCAACAUGGCAAGAAUUUUUAAGUUAAUUUUUUAAAAAUAAAAUUUAAGUUUUAUUAUAAGGGCUUUAAAAUAUUUUCACAGAUUAAAAAAAAACUGCAAACAAGUACUUUGGUUAAUAAAGGCAGCUUACUUUUUUGGAAAUUAUAAAAUUCUAAUUUUACAUGUAUUUUGUUAUUAAAAAUAUUCUUUUAUUGAGGAAAAAAAAUGAGUUUAAGAGCCAACAUGGCAAACACUUCUAAAUGCUGUAUAUUUGGAAACUGCUUUGAAUAUUCUCGAUGGAGAUAAAUGCAACAAGAAAUGUCAUUUAACCAGAUAUUAAAUAGGAAAUGAUCAGUUGGUAAACUCUCACAGUAGCAGUACCUUUCUUCAAAAAACAGAGAACGAGAGAGAUAAUCUAUGCAGUAUUUAAAAAAAUACGUUUACUGCUUUAGUGUGGAAUAUUGUCUGGAAUUGGAUGGUUUAAAUAUUACCAUUGUAUAGGGCAAAACAUAAAAUGGGAUUUGGGACCUUUAUUGUGAUAAAUUUUUAUAUGUAAUGUAUGGAGUCACCUUCCCCCCCCCUCCCCCGAAUGUAAAGAACCC